AUGGUCCCCGGUUUACCCCACGCCCUACUGGCCCUAUCGCUACUCGGUCAAGCCAACGCCGCGCCCUCCCAGGCGCGUUCAUCCGACGCGACAUGCGGCACAGUCCAGUUCAAUUUCCCGUCUGGAACAAACAAAAAUGAUCCCCGGGCUGAAGCCGUGAAACAGGCCUACGUGCGCGAGUGGAACGAGUACUCAAAAUACGCGUUCCCCAAUGAUGACCUCUUGCCCAUCACGCAUACUUAUACUAACGACCUGUUUGGCUGGGGUGCUACCGUGGUCGAUGCGAUCGAUACCGCGGUUGUGAUGGGUCUGACCGAUAUUGUGGAGCAGCAAUUGAAGCAUAUUGCUGCGGUUGAUUUCACCAAAUCGGCCGAUCUCGUCGAUUUCUUCGAUGUCAAUAUUCGUUAUAUUGCGGGACUUUUGAGUGCGUAUGAUCUUAUCAAGAGUGGGGAUUUCCCAAAUCCUUAUGAUAGUGAUCUUGUCGAGGCCUUGCUGUCUCAGGCCAAGUCAUUGGCCACGGCUAUUGCGCCGGUCUUUGACACUGUCACCGGUCUUCCUGUUGCGAACUUGAACUUCACGUCGGGGGAGCUUGUGCAAAGCACCACCGAGGUCAACGGUACUACUUACAAUAGUACAAACACGGCCCAGGCUGGAACUAUGAUUCUGGAGUACUAUCGUCUGUCGGAUCUUACUGGCGAUGAGUCUUUCCGUGAGAACGCUCAAAAAGCUGAAAAGUACCUAAUCAAUCCCAGCCCGGCGCCUGCCUUCCCUGGUCUUGUUGGAACCGAGCUUGACACCGAGACGGGCAAGUUCAUCACCCUUGAUGGUGGAUGGGAGGCCGGUGUUGACAGCUUCAUCGAGUAUCUUAUUAAAACUUAUGUCUACGAUCGUGAUGAUGCGCUCGCUUCUGACAUGAAAGACUUUUGGAUCACCACCGCCGAGUCAAGUAUCGAGAAUAUCGCCUUGCACCCCUAUGACGAGCCGCAGUUGACUUUCCUGUCUCAACUGGAUACUGACGGUAACAUCAUGUGGAGCAUGGACGAUUAUGCGUGCUUUGCUGGCGGCAAUCUCCUGCUCGGUGGUAAAUACCUCGGUCGUGACGACAUCACUGAGCUUGGUGUGAAGGUAUCAGACAGCUGCCACGCAUGGUACAAUCAAACGGUGACCGGACUGGGACCUUCCACGAUCGGUUGGUACAACUCUGAUAACCAGCCCUACGAUUCAUCAUACGACAACGCCACAUACCGAGCUGAAGCUUCCAAGUGGGGGUACUUCAUCGAGGACCCAUCUUAUCGCUCGUACCCCGAGCCUAUUGAGAGCAUCUUCUACGCCUACCGAGUAACCGGCGAUCAACGCUUCCAGGAUUAUAACUGGGAGAUCUUUAACGCGCUGAAUACUACUCGCUCGGCGUCUGUGCCGUAUGCCGAGAUUACCGAUGUUAAUGAGCCUUACGGUGGUACACUGGUCAACUACGUUUCCAGCUUCUACUUUGCCGAGGUUCUGAAGUAUCUUUACCUUUCCUUUGCUGAACCGGAUGUGGUGAGCUUGGAUAAGUAUGUUUUCAAUACUGAGUGCCAUCCUUUUACGAUCAAGCAGACUUGUUAA